GUGUACCCUUAGGGCCAUUUGAUUUUCAAUUAAAUUGAAAAUCAAAAAUCAAAAUUUGUGAAUAAUUUUGAUUUUCAAUUCGAUUUGAAAAUCAAAAUUCAAAAUUCAGUUUAAAAUUUGAAAAUUCAAAAAUCAAAAAUCAAAAAUCAAAAUUCAAAAUUCAAAAUUCAAAAUUCAAAAUUCAAAAUUCAAAAUUCAAAAAUCAAAAAUCAAAAUUCAAAAUUUCAAAACUUAAAAUGACAGGUGGUACAAUUGACAGGUGGUUCAAUUCUUGCAUACCACUAUUUUGUAACAAUAUUUAUGAUGCAAUAAGAUUUAGGUUUCCCGCAUUUUUUAGCCGACCCCCUGAACUGCGGCAUAAUUAGGGGGUCGUAUAAACUGUUUUUCGUGUGGGUUCAAAAGGGCCUAGCCCUUGCAUUAACCCCCUUUUUGGUGUGUCCUGGUACAUGCCUAUAUAAUCCCUCCAGUGAGGGGGGAUAAGUCAGUUGCAGGAUUAAUUUGCACACGAUAGAAAGCGAUAUAAAAUAUGGAUUCUUCAUUUAUUUUUUACAAUGGCCGUGACGGGGAUCGCACAGAAAGAACACUGCGGAGAAGCCAAGUAUCAGUCCAAAGACUGGCAAUGAUUUACAAGCUUGACGUUACAUCGGUGUACAUAACAGAGGAGUUCGGUUCCUCAGAAUUUCCGAAUCCGGAUGGGACGUUUGAUUGCCUUCGGGAGUCGCCUUCUGGCACGUAUUACCAAGUGGAGGGAGAACCACAUCAAGGCAUGACUCAGGUUAGAAACCUACCGACAUCAACGGUCAAUGACAUCGGCGCGUUUCGAAGGCCAACAAUGUUGCAUACAUCUUCGUCCACGAUGUCGCGUAAACGUGUAGGUGCGGCUGCGGAGAACUAUGUUUUAAAAGUUGUUCUGGCGGAUAUAGAGAACAAAAAAAUCGUUAAUCAGAAACGAAUUUCGUUUAUAACAAUAACGGAAGCAGAAGCAAACGUCGACGCAAUCACGGAGAUGGCAAAAACACGAUUCGAAGAUCGAACGUUGGUGUUAGUGCAAGGAGGUGGUUUACGAUACGAGGACUCCGCAGCCACAAGAGGAAUAAGCUUCUGGAAAGCCGCGGCUCGGAAGGUUUAUGCAGUAAAAGCCAAUGAUCUCGAAACAUUUGAUUAUUUUACGCCACGAAGAACAAGCACACAGUCCAUUAAUUUUGAAAUAAAGGAAAAACUUGCUGACCUCACCAGCCUCGUCCAAUCUGGCGUGAUUUUAACUUGUGUGGACCAAGAUACACGAGAGGCAGCACAACGAGCAUUAUCAUCUGUAAAGAUCUGUGAGAAGGCAAAACAAAGCUUCGAGUGCUUGGCUUGAUAUGUCGUGGGUUGAGCCGGAGUCCGGUGAAAAUGGGUUCCUGCUGCAGAAGAAUAAUUGGUUGUGGCGAAUGUGUAGAUCGCUGGUUUUUAGAAAAUCAAAAUUGCCCACAUUGCAGGUCCAACGAACUCGACG